AUGGAUAUGGGAAACCGCAACGUUGCCAAGCGCGACGAGGAAGAGGAGGAAGAGAUUCGAGAUGUUCGCCGACAAAUGCAAGAUGCCGAAGCAGCCAACGCCCAAGCUGUCGCCGCAGGAGCUGCAAAGCAAGCGAGCGCGCCCAACGCCAACGCGCUCCCUCUUGAUCCGAACCAGCUUCUCUCAGUCCUAGGUCUCCUCAGUGGUCAACCUCAAGCCACGCCAGCGGCACCUGGACAGCCCGUGGCUACAGGACUGCCUCCGAACAACAAUGCCAAUGUACCGACGGUCACCAUCUUCGUGACGGUGACGCCCCCAGCUGCGACACAGACCGUGAUGAUCAUGGUCCCGACAACAGUUACGGUGACUGCGACACCAGUAGCGCCUCCCCCAGUCAAUCAGCCUCCUCCUCCACCGCCAGCCCCGCCAAUUCAGACAUCACCGCCGCCACCAGCACCGCCGAUGAGCACUCCGCCGCCUCCUCCUCCGCCGGUCGUCGCCCCCCCACCACCUCCACCACCGCCUCCAGCCAGCGGGCUCACUAUGCCUCUUGUUGGAGCGAGCCCGUUCCCGAUGCCGCCUCCUGCGGCGUCCGUGUCUGCCCCCAUGUCUUCAGCAUCAUCAACAGGAACUCCCAAGGGAGCCGGCGGUACUCCUACAGCUGUAGUAUUGUUGGGUGUCUUUGGCGGUGUUGGUAAGUCAAGCUUGCUGAAGCUCAACUAG